AUGGCUCUUGAGCCCGGGGCCGGUCGUCGCUCAGUGUCCCCCGAUAGCUCGGGACGAGAUUCACCUAUUCCGCGACAAUGGCGGAACCAGCUCGGAGGAGAGGAACACCCAAUCAAGGACAAGUCCUAUCGCAAGUAUGCCCACGGGAUUGACAAGGCGCUCGUGUUAUUCGAGACAGCUCUGGAGGAGUGGGCAGACUACAUUUCCUUCUUGAACAGGCUUCUCAAGGCUCUACAAGCACGUCCCAAAUCGAUCAAUGCCAUCCCUUCCAAGGCCACCGUUGCGAAACGACUCUCACAAUGCCUCAACCCGUCCCUCCCAUCCGGCGUACACCAGAAAGCCCUGGAACUAUAUAAUCUCGUCUUUUCCGUCAUUGGCAAAGAUGGCCUGUCAAGAGACCUCCCUCUAUACCUACCCGGACUGGCGACUGUCCUCUCCUUCGCCUCACUAUCCGUUCGGGCACCAUACCUCGAUCUCCUAGAACGUCAUUUUCUUGGGAUUGAUCCCCGGUCACUUCGACCGGCUAUGAAGUCCAUCAUUCUUGCCUUACUACCCGGUUUGGAAGAAGAAACAAGCGAGGACUUUGAUCGAACACUGCGCCUGGUUGAGAGCUUCAAGCAUGUCAUUAGACCAGCUCAUAGCGAAGCAAUCACCGAACAGCACUCAACAGGGGAUGCAUUCUUUUGGCAAUGCUUCUUCUUGGCAUCCAUUACCAGUCAGAGCCGUCGUUCAGGUGCCCUUGCAUAUCUCGUGCGAUAUCUGCCCCCGUUGGGUCCACAGGUUACACCCGAUGCGAACAAGUCAGCGACCACACAAAACGAAAGUGCUGAAGGAACUCAGGGCAAGCUCGCAUCUGUCGUGACAUCUCCCGAACCGGGUCUCUUGUUGCGCUGCUUUGCAAGCGGCCUCUCUGAUGAACAGUUGCUUAUCCAGCGCGGCUUCUUGGAUCUCUUGGUUUCUCAUCUUCCCCUGAAUUCACAUGUCAUUCAGACUCGAGUGAAACCUGUUGAUCUAGAACUCCUUCUCAAGGCUGCGGUCGGUGUUGUCACACGCCGCGACAUGAGCCUGAACAGACGCUUAUGGGCCUGGCUUCUUGGCCCAGAGCCAACCGCGGAACACGAACACGGUCCUGAAGGUCCGCAGAGUCCUUCUGCCGAGCAUCAUGCGUAUCUAGCUUCCAAGACCAGCCACUUUGAGGAAUUCGGUCUCCAACCAUUGACAAAAGCCAUACUCCAAAUGAUCAGGGGUACCUCACAGAACACAGCGAGCGAGCGAGCCAGACCCUACAGGAUAUGUCUUUCACUAAUGGAUCGGUGGGAGAUUGGUGGUUUGGUUGUUCCCGAAGUAUUUCUCCCAAUAAUCGAAAGUGUGCGGCGUUUCAAGGAUCAAGCUUCGACCAAAUCCGAGUUCAAUGAGGUCGUGCGAAGCGCCAGCGUCUUCUUUGAUGGAAUUGAGAGUGGCCUCAUUUACGGUGAGAUUGUCGGACUUCUUGCGCAGGCCCUGGGCCCUGGCACUCUCAGUUUUGCGGAACGAAGUGACAAGCUCUCGCUAGUCAACUUCAUCCUAACCAACUUCAACGUGCGAGAGGAAGAAAUGAUUACUAUCCACGCCCCUCUGUGUUGUUUGGCAGCCCUUGCAAUGCUGGAAGACUCCAAGGGCCGCUUAGCAUCAAACGACAGUUCGACUUCUUCAUCCCAGUCCCUGUCCAGCCAAGCUCAAAAUGUCGCCAUAUCACUUCUAGAGAUUAUCCCAGAGAGGGUAUUCCCAGAGCAUGCGGAAGGCGAAGGAAAUCAUGAGUCCCCUCCAACAGUGGAUGUGCUCAAGAAGAUACGAAAUUUCUAUGUCAAUGAGCAAGGUAACAUCGAGGCAUCGCCGCCACCUUUCAAACCCCUGGACAUUGGACAAAUGAUCUUGGAGAAAGCAUCCCAGUUUAUUUGUGAAAACCUGGACUCGCCAGCAACUGACCUCGGCAUUUGUGUACGACUCUUGGUUCUUGCAAUGCACAAGACACCCAAGACAUAUCCAGUCAAGGAAGCGCAGCUCUUGGAACUUAUGCAUAAUCUGCUUGAUCAGCAAGAGAUAGUCCCCUUUCCAUCCUUCGCGGCGAUAUUGCAGCUAUCGACACAGCUAUACUAUGCAGAGAGGAUCGAAACCAAACAACUCUCGCGCUUAGUGCUCCCUCUAGUGCGGCAGGCUUGGACAUACCUCUCUGCGUCUGAGCCGAAAUACCAUGUGGAGGCGGUGCGAGGUUUAUGGCAGCUGCAGUCAGCCUUGACGCCUUUCAAUCGCGAUAUCGAAGCAGCUUUGUCUAGCCUCGUCAUCUCCGACGACAUCAGAUACAGUGGCAUCAUUGAGCCUGUUGAUGAGGGCCGCGCACUCGGUGUCCUAUGGUCGCACACCCUACAAGACAACGCUUCUUCAGAGCGACGAGGCUCAAAGACGCCGAUGCUUGACAUCAAGACCCUUCCGCGGCUCGCUGGGACAGACAACUACGAGAUCAUGCUCACACAGCCCCUAUUCCUGGUUCUUGAUGCUCUUCAAGAUGAUCGCACACAAUUGUACAUGACAGUGAAGUCGUGGCUGAACAGCAUGCUGGGGAUUGAUCGACUUUUCCUAAUCUUCGUGUCCAAAUUAUGCGAGAUUCCCUUCCUUCAGACUCUGACGGAAGCGGACGAAAAGAUGGAGGAGGAACCACCCAUCUUCACCGAGAAUGAUGAUUUGGAGCUCUGCCUAUACUAUCUGCGAACUCUUUCAAAUAUUCUCGGUUGUGCUGCGGAGAUUUCAUGGAACGUCUUGGCCUCGAAGCAUGUCUCAUUCCAUGGUCAGCAGAUGCAAAUCAGCUCUGGAGGAGAGGAACACGAGAUGACGUUGCAGGAAUUCUUCAUUCGUGUCUGCAUGAGAUGCAUCAGGGGCAACCCCGCUGAGAACACUGACAAGGACUUUGAAGCUCGCGUCAAUCAGCUCUAUCGGUAUUCUCUCACCCUUUUGCACAAGUUCCUCCUGGGUCCUUUCGCCGCCCCCAUCUCAAGGUUCCAUCUAGAGAACGUUCUCAUCGAGCGUCUCUUCAAGUCCCUGCAAGGCUCUGACGCCCACGUACAAGUACUCCUGCUUGAUGUGGUCUAUGAUGCCCUCAAGCUUCGAGAUAUUCCAGCUAUUGAGGUUACCCCGUCGCCCAUCUCCGAGAGGAGACCAUCCGUUUUCGACCCGAACCGAGGAAGUAGGCCAUCUCUCUCCGGGGCGGAUGCUCGGCCGGCUAUCUCAUCACCACCACCUCAACUACUUCAGUGUCUUCAGGAUGGACUAAGCUCGCCCAACAGUCGGCCCGUCCUGGACAGUUGGGUUGCUUUCGUUGCUGAGUGCUUGCCAUUUUACUCAGAAUCCAUCUUCCAGGUUCUCAUUCCGCUGGUCGAGACACUAUGCAGAGAGAUUGGUACAACCUUUUCUAACUUGCGAGAGACCUUCGCAUCUACUUCGCUGUCUACUGGCAUUGAAAAGUCCUCUCCUGAGUCUACACUGAUCUUCCUUCUCAACGGCCUUGAACAAGUUCUUGCACGGGCUCAUGAGCAGCUUCUCCGGGAGGAGGCUCGGACACAAGUGGUCAAGGGCCCAGACCAGCCUCAAUCCAUCUUUGGAAGCAUGGUUUCGAAUGUCUGGCAGUCAGAUGCCCCCCAGUCUCGGAGUGCUACGGCAAAUGAUCGCUUGACUGUUCACUUGGCUCUCCAAGACGCCGUUCGCAUCUGCUACAGAAUUUGGACAUGGGGCCAGGGUGACGAUUCCACCAAGCAAGAUCAAGGGUCUUUUGGGUCGUUCAACUACACCUCGUUGCGAAUGCGGAAUCGUUCGAGGCGCCUGCUGGAGCACCUCUUUGCCGCAGAGAACCUAGAAUGUCUCGAGACUGUCAUCGACAUCUGGAAAAACUCGACCGAGGGUUCACAGUCAAACCAGGUCUUCAACCUCCUGUCUGCGCUGGAGGCUUCUCGGCCAAGACACUGCAUGCCAGCAUUGUUCAAUGCCAUCUACCGACGAACCAAUCCGGCUACAGCCGAUCCUGCAUCGAAAUCAACAAUGACAAUAUCUCUCCAUGACACAGAUCUUGUCUGGUUCCUUGUUGAGUACGCUAGGACAUUGGACGAUGACGCUAUGGAUGAGAUCUGGCAAGACUGCAUGGUCUUCCUCAAGGACUUGCUGACGAACCCCUUCCCCCAUCGCCAAACACUACCAAACUUGCUCGAGUUCGCAGCCAUUCUUGGAGAGAAGGUCGACAAUACCAAUUUUGGAGAGCAGCGGAGGAUGCGAAGAGAACUGGGAGAUACGUUCCUCAGAUUGCUCACUGCCUUGUUUACGACCAGACCUAUGACUUUCACCGAGCCAGCGGCCCCGAGUGGUGUCCUUGAGAAGAUCCCCAAGUCUGAUUCUAACCACUCACUCAACGGGGCAGCUGAAAGCGCUGACGAUGUCGUAUCCAUCCUCGCCUCGAUCGUGCCAAACCUCAGCAAGAUUCUCGUCGAGCCUGACAGGGUGCUCUCUGCCGCUGCAACGAUAUCUACUAAUGUAAUCGGGCCAACUCUACGGGCCAAGGGCUUUCCCGACAUCGUCUCCAAGAGCACCAUGCGACUUCUUUGGGAACUGUCGAGGUUGCACAAUAACCAGAAAAACUGGAAGAAGGAUGUCGGCGAUGCCUUUAAUGACUCCAAGUUCUUUGGCAUGAACCUAGCGUUGGCAAAGGACGAUUGGCUUCCGCUGUUGAGACAAUGGACUCUGACGGACAAGGAAAAGAUGUCCGAGAUCGUCGGCCGUAUUAGCUCUCCUUCCACGGCCGGUAUCGUGUUUGGUGUUGGAGCCACAUCAGCUCGACUUGAGGCUGAUCGCAAGACACAACUCAACCUUCGCAGGAUCGCCACUCUGAUUCUUGCGUCGGCCGAGGACGCGUUUGUUGCUGACCUCUCGGACAUCUUUGGCAAGUUGGCCGAGCUUCUUGCCGCCUCAUCAACGUCUUCGCCAUCGUCCACCACCCGAGGGGAUAUCUACAUGGUUUUCCGCGCUCUCGCCCUCAGGACCAGUGCCAUUCAUCUUGGCAUGUUGUGGCCGGUUGUCAACGCUGAGAUCCACGCGGCUAUCUCUUCAGUCGUGGCCCCAGACAACAGCCCUGCGUCUGACACUUACACCAAUGCCUCCAUCCUUCAGGCCUGCAAGCUUCUCGACCUCUUGAUCUGUGUGGCGCCUGAUGACUUCCAGCUGCAUGAGUGGCUCUUCAUUACCGACACCAUCGACGCUGUCUAUCGGUCAUCUACCUAUCAACCUGUCGCCCUGGUCGAUGAACUGUCUGAUGAACUUGGCGCCGCAGUGUCCAACUCUGGCUUCCAGCUUUCUUCGGUUGUAAACCCGGUGGCAAGCGGCUCAUCCCGAAGGCCACUGCUCGGACUAGGUGGCAUCAAUGACGAUGUCAGCCUCGAGAGAAAGGACGAGCUGGUGGCCAAGGUGCUCCGGCCCUUCUUUGGGCAGCUCAGCAUCUUUGCUUUCGAGUCUACGUAUGCAAUGGGCCGGCUCGACCGGGAGACGUGCGUCUCUGGCUUGUUGAAGGAUCUGUUUGAUGAGCGGAGUAUUGUCAGGGCUCUAUAA